CUAUAGGCAGUCAAUGCUGCACUUGCCAACCCUAGAAGCAUGCGUUGGGUUGCAGACAUAAAUUCUGUCUACGGGAUCAUGGAAUGGGGUGUGUUAGGCCUUUAGCCAAUUGUCCUUCUUGAAAGUUGUUCUUGCCAUUUAUUGCCGUGAUUUAUGAAUAAAGUUUUGUGUGGCGUUUGCUUUUUACAUUUCAGAGCGAGGGCAACAGACAUGGCUGAGAUAAAAGCUGCUGUCCUGGUAUUCACAAAGGAGACAUUGAACACGCUUGCUAAUCCAAGAGAUGGAGAGGAGGUCAUAAGAGCAUUAGAACAAGUUGUGUGUCUACUCAAUGGAAGCCCCAUCUCUCACUUCAAGUCAGAAGAUCUUGCAAAGCUAGCGAGAAAGGAAUUUAACAGAUGCCACUUCACAAGAUUCUUGGACAGAACACUUCAGUGUCUCACACUCGAAUGGAUAAGCCAAAUUCCCAAGGCACGAGUGUAUGGUCUUCUUGAUAGAAUAGUGCUUGAUGCUCCACCUUCAGAUACAUUGUUGGUGCUCAUAAAUUCAAUAUCUUCAUCAGCGUCUGGCAUCAAACAAGCCAAAUGCAUCAACUUACUAGAGUUAUUCCUCCUCAAACACCGACUUGCGGAUAUAUUCAAAGAACAGAGUGAUGUUGCAACACCAGGGGUGAAGGAGAAUUCACAUCCACUGUGGAAUGAUCUGAUCACAAUGAUGUGCACCCUGUCCGAUAGAAUGGCAAAUAUUCUCAAGAGAGAAAUUAGUGAUGCCUUCUUGCCAAAGAACUACAUUCGGCUUGUUGCUGAGGAUCUCCUGAUUACUCUAAAGCAUGUGCAUUCUAAUCUGGAGAGCAGGAAGGAUUGUUCUUUGCAGUUUCUGAGUCAGCUGUUUGGGAGACUCUGUUUGUCUGGAUUCUCAGAUCUGUUGUGGACCACUUUACUUCCCCAAUUCUGUCUCCUGACAAAGAACAACUUCACUUGGUGUCGAAUCUGUGAGCGUCUUGUCACCAAAGUUCCUGACCGCUGUGUGGAGAGCACUAUCGUUCCGGUAUUCAAGCGAUCAUCAUGGCAUGGCUCCGUGUCAAGGCUCUUGGGCGAUUCCAUUCUCCAAAACAAACACAUUGAAUUCAUUGUGACAAAGAAACUUCUUCUUCACAGACAUUUUGAACAGGAUGUAGUCCUUCAAAACAUCAUUGGCUACUUGACUGGUUCAAUGCUUAGGAGACCACUGUUGAUGAAGGUACUAAAAAUCCUACUAGAAGUGUGGGGCGAUACCAGCGCCCUCAAGCAUACUUCCUAUGAACAGCACGCAUACAUCAGCCGAGCUAUCCUCGUGUGCUUAGCAUUUAUCUCACAAACAGAGAUACAGGAAAACAAAGAAGAUCUGAUGUCUUUGAUGAUGUCAGGAGUCCAGUGUCAUCUCGACAACACUACACCAAAGACGAGGCGAUUAGGAAUGAUAGUUGCCGAAUGUCUGACUAAAACCAUCGACCUUAGUGGACAUAAACUGGAGUUUGAGUAUGCUGAGGAUGCUGAAUCCAAAUCAAUGCUAAAGCUUCUUGUCCCACCAACAGAGGAACUGGAAGAAGAUUUUGCUGAGUUGUCGAUAUCAACUAAUACUGUUGACACCCCCACAUCAACCAGCCAUGUUGAGAAAGAAACAGCCCCCUCCCCUGGAGACGUCGACUCGGAUUUGGACAGUGAUGAUGAUUUGGUGCCAUAUGACAUGUCGAAUGACACUCCACAGCUCAAGGUCAAGGAGCCAAGGUAUCUCCGGGAUUGUAUGGAAGGUCUGAUAUCAUCCGAAGACCCGGACAAGAUGGAGAUAAGUCUGAAAACAGCAGAGAAACUCAUCAGACAAGAUUUACCUAGUUUACCAGAAAUCUCUGUCGAAUUCACCAAAAUUCUCCUCCAUCUCGAGGACAAGUUCAACACUGUCGGUUUCCUCCUACUUCAUCAUGGUGCUAUGGUGGCGCUAGCUGUGAAAUGUCCAGUAAAGGUUGCCCCUUAUCUCACUAAUGAGUUCUUCGAGAGAAAUUAUAACAUCCGACAGAGACUGGAUAUUCUUGAGGUCCUUGCUGCUGCUGCUAAGGAACUCUCCCAGCCAAGAACUGAGUCAAAGAAAGAAGAGCCACUAGUUCAAGUUGUUCAACCUGUGAUAGAAACGGAGGAGGAAGGAUCAGAUUGGAGGGCUGUGGUUCAGAAAAGGAUCGAGAGUAAAACCCGACGAUUUGCAAGUGGACGGGUUAAAGGACCAGAGGCAGUGGAGAAUAAAUUUGCUCCUGUUGCUGGGCACUUCUUCUUUCCUCUCAUGAAAAACUUUGACAGAUGUGAUGUAUCUUUUGACCUCCUGGGUGAUGAUUGUGUUGUCCUGAGUCGUCUACUGUACACGCUUGGUGUGAUCAUGUAUGCUGCAUUACAUGCUCCGAUCGUCCCAAAAAUGGCAGGUGCACUUUUGGAGUUCCUCUGGGCCCUCAGAUAUCAUCCUGAUAGGUCUGUGAGACGUGGCAUCUUAUUCGCCCUGUCGAUGUUGAUCCUGGCGACCCCUGGUUUCACACUGAUGACUGACCUUCAAGCAGAAGUAAUGGAGGCAAAGUCAUGGUUGGAAGACAUCAUCCACCAAGAUGCGGAUAACGAAAGUAAAGAGAUGGCAAUCCAGGCUUUGGUGCUGCUAGAAAAUACAUUAAAACAGGAACUACAUACCUAAAAACAAGAUUGACAAGGCUUUCAAGUUAGGACCACAUUUCGCAUUUAACUGUAAAUAUUUAGCAUUGUUG